UCAGAUAGAGAGAGACACAGCCAACAACCAGGUACAGUUAGUGAAAAUGGCUGAGAAAGUUAAACUUUUCGAGAAUUAUUUGCGCUGCCAUGUGUGUUCAGAGACUUUUGUUGAUCCAGUCGUGAGAUGUGGAGACAUAGAGCAGGAUCUUCCUGAAAACCCAGAGAGAAACACUAAGUACAGCACUGUGUUUGGCUCUGAGGGCUUCAGCUCAGGGACACACAGCUGGGAGGUGGAGGUGGGAGAUCAUCCACGCUGGAAUGUGGGUUUGGUUAAAGAGUCAGUUAACAGGAAGGGAGAAUGUUUGGCUUCACCAAAAUAUGGAAUCUGGUGUUUAUGGCAUGGUGAUGGAAAAUAUAAGAAUAGUGUUGGUGAGUCUGUGACAGUGAAGAAGAGUCUCCAGAGGAUCAGAGUCCAGCUGGACUAUGACAUGGGGGAGGUGUCCUUCUACAACUCUGAAGACAUGACUCCCAUCUGCACUCACAGAGACACUUUCACUGAAAAACUCUUCCCUUUUUUCAAUCUAAAGACGCCAAAACCUCUGAUAUCAAAAUCUGUUAAAUUGUUGGGCUUCAGCUCAGGGACACACAGCUGGGAGGUGGAGGUGGGAAAUCAUCCUCGCUGGAAUGUGGGUUUGGUUAAAGAGUCAGUUAACAGGAAGGGAGAGCUGGACUCUUUACCAGAAUAUGGAAUCUGGUGUUUAUUGCAUGGUGAUGGAGAAUAUGCCGAUGGUGCUGGUGAGACUGUGACAGUGAAGAAGAGUCUCCAGAGGAUCAGAGUCCAGCUGGACUAUGACAUGGGGGAGGUGUCCUUCUACAACUCUGAAGACAUGACUCCCAUCUACACUCACAGAGACACUUUCACUGAAAAACUCUUCCCUCAUUUUGAACUGGACUAUGACAUGGGGGAGGUGUCCUUCUACAACUCUGAAGACAUGAUUCCCAUCUGCACUCACAGAGACACUUUCACUGAGAAACUCUUUCCUUUUUUCAGUGUUGGUCCAGCUGGAGACGCUAAAACCUCUGAUAUCAAGAUCUGUGACUUUUUUCUUCCAGCUAAAGAGUCAGCCAGUUCCUUCAGUGAAAAAUUCACUGGUGGAAAGUCCUUUGAGGAUCUUCUUUUACAAAUAGGACAGUUCUUGUUCUUAAACUUCUGCAGGCAGCUUGAACAGAAGCUGUGGCUGCAGCUCAGAGACACUGGAUCUCCGAAAUUAGUGAAAAUGGCUGAGAAAGAUAAACUUUUAGAGAAUUAUCUGAGCUGCUAUCUGUGUUCAGAGACUUUCAGAGAUCCAGUGUCUCUGAGCUGCAGCCACAGCUUCUGUUCAAGCUGCCUGCAGAAGUUCUGGGAACAAACUAAGAACAAGAACUGUCCUAUUUGUAAAAGAAGAUCCUCAAAUGACUGUCCAAAAGUGAACUUUUCACUAAAGGAACUGGCUGACUCUUUAGCUGGAAGAAAUAAAUCACCUGAGGGUGAAAACAGAGAAAAGAGGGAAAACGUGUCCACGGUGGUUUGUGACAAACACCCUGAGAACUUCUGCAGGCAGCUUGAACAGAAGCUGUGGCUGCAGCUCAGAGACACUGGAUCUCUGAAAGUCUCUGAACACAGA